AUGAGUCUAGCAUUGCCAGCGCUCAUCCCAAAGGCCGCAGCCCCUCUGCGUGUCCUCGCCGGGAGCCGACCUGCAACAUGUCUAUACCAAAAAGAUCGCCAGCAAUCAUGCGCAUAUCACCAUCGCCCUGAUUCAUCUACAACGUCUUCAAACCAGCAUCGCCCAAGACUAUCGCCUCAUACACGCACCAAUCAUGAACGGAUACAACAACGACGGACGUUCCAUUCUUCCCCUACGUCAUUCGCAACGAAAGACCCGUAUGCAGCUCUGGGAGUCAACAAGAGCGCAUCAGCAGGAGAGAUCAAGAAAGCUUAUUAUGGACUCGCAAAGAAGUAUCAUCCAGAUACCAACAAGGAUCCGAAAGCGAAGGAGAAGUUCGCAGAGGCGCAAUCGGCAUAUGAGAUUUUGAGCGAUUCCAAAAAGAAGGAGAUGUAUGAUCAGUAUGGCCCUGCUGCUUUCGAUCAGUCGGGUGGAUUUGAUCCUUCAGGCGCUGCCGGAGGCGGUGGAGGACAUGGUGGUAAUCCGUUUGCUGGAGCCGGGUUUGGAGGAUUUGGAGGCGGAGGUGGCUUCGGUGCUGAGUUCAAUUUCGAGGACUUGUUCUCUGCAUUUGGAGCUGGAGGAGGCGCUAGACGAGGAAGGAGAGGAGGCGGACCGUUUCAAGAAGAGGUCAUGGUGGGAGAGAACAUUGAGGUGCAGACGAACAUCAGCUUCAUGGACGCUGCGAAGGGCGUACAGAAGGACAUCGUCAUUACACCGCUGGUGCAGUGCAAGACAUGUUCUGGCAGUGGACUGAAGAAGGGUAUGAACAGGAGUCAGUGUAAGACUUGCGACGGGACAGGUACGAGAGUGCAUUUCAUGCAGGGUGGAUUCCAGAUGGCAAGCACUUGCGGAACUUGUGGUGGAACUGGUCAGACUGUACCAACGGGCAGCGAAUGUGGAACAUGCCGAGGAAAUGGCGCCACAAGAGAAAGAAGGACUGUCACUGUCGACAUCCCAGGUGGCGUAGAAGAUGGCAUGAGACUACGAGUGAUGGGAGAGGGCGAUCAUCCGCCUACUGGACAAGCGACAAACCCGAACGCGAACGUUCAGAAGGGAGACCUCUACGUCUUUAUCCGAGUCGCUCCAGAUUCAAAGUUCUCUCGCAGCGGGUCCGACAUUCUGUACACGGCCAGCAUACCCUUGACCACUGCGAUUCUCGGAGGCGAAAUCACUGUGCCUACUCUCGACGGCGAAGUGAAAGUUAAGGUCGCCACUGGAACUGGAACCGGUGACAAGAUCACAAUGUCCGGCAUGGGUAUGAAGAAGCUCAGUUCACGCCGCGGCAACAACGGCGAUCUACGCGUUGAGUUCAAGGUCCAGAUGCCUAAAUACCUGUCCGUCAACCAGCGAACAAUUGUGGAAAUGCUGGCAGACGAGAUGGGCGACAAAUCUGCCAAGCGGAUCAUGAACCUGAACAAUCUCAAACACGAUCCGGCGAACAAGAGCUCCAACCCUGAAGAGCACAAGAGCGAAGGCUUCAUCAAGAACAUGUGGCAUAAUUUGACCGGCCAACAUGACAAUUCGUACCAAGAUGGAAAGCAGCAAUCGAAGAGCAAUGAUCAGCAGGAUGGUGACUCGAAGAAGGCUUCGGGGUCCGGUUCCGGUUGA